UCGGCAUCAUGCAUCAGUCAACAACAGAAGUUGCCUUGAGAAUCAAGUACGAGACGAGCAGAAGAGCUUCAGCAAGACUUGGUGACUAAAGAGAAACAGCACAAAGAUGAAAUUCUUCGUAGCCACCCUCACCAUUGCAUUGAUUGCAAUGGCCAAUGCCUCUGGCUACAAUUCGGGUAGCAGUUAUGGCGGUCAAGGCGCAGGUGCGGACACAGCUGCCGCUGCCGCCGCUGCUGGUGGCGAUGGCGGUGCCUUCCAUGGUUUGAACUCUGGUGCUGAUGGUGCUGCCGCCGCCACUGCCACGGCCAACACCGGCGAAACAUCCGGUGUCGGUGGCUCCAGCUAUGGCAGCAGCAACAAUCUUCCUUAUGCCCCCCAAAACACCAGAGGCAACAGUAUCAGUUCCUCCAUCACCUAUCCCAACAACAAGGGUGAGAUCUUGAUCCACCGUCCCGCUGCCAUCAUUGUCAAGCGCCCUCCUACCCGCGUCGUUGUCAACCACCCCCCACUAGUCGUUAAGCCCGCCCCAGUUGUUUUGCACAAACCCCCAGCAGUCGUGUUGCGCAAGGUCGUUGUCAAGCACCACCCCCGCCCAGUCAAGGUUGAACCUGUCUACGUCAAUGUUGUCAAGCCCCCAGCAGAGAAAUACUUCGUCAACGAGAAACAACAACAGUUCAGUGCCCAACCCGCUGCCUUUGUGCCCGUCAACUUGGGACCCGGUGCCUUUGCCAAUGCCCCCGGUGCCUUCUCGCUCAACAAUGCUGCCUCAUUCGCUCCUCUGGGCGCUGCCGGUUUGGGCGGUGGAGCCGGCGGUGCUGGUGGUGAUGAUGCUGCUGCUGCCGCCGCCGCUGCUGCUGGUGGCAAUGCUGCCAACUCUGGCUACCAAUUGCUGUCCGGCAACAAUGGUUUGGCCGCUUUGGCUAACCUCAAUGGCGGUUAUGGUGGUGCCGCUGCUGCCCCUGCUCCUAGCUACGGCUCGCCAUCGUCUUCUUCGUAUUAAAAGCUAUCAGAAAUUCUUCAGCCAAGUGGAUGAAUUGUUUGGACAGAGUUUUGAGGACAAACAUUCUCGUUGUGUAGUCUUUUGUACUGAAUUUUUGUACUUUUAAUAAACUUCUUUUUUUACCAAAAAAAAAUGCUUAAAUUAUAGAAA